UGCAAAAUGUCCGACAUGGAGGAUUUGAGUGGGCCGAGCGUGCAAGCUAACGCAUCGGAGAGCUACUCGUUGAACCCAGCUAGCGUGAUCGUGUCGGUGGUUUUCUCGCUCAUCUUCCUGCUGGGCACGGUAGGCAACAGCCUGGUGCUGGCCGUGCUGCUGCGCAGCGGCCAGGUGGGCUACAACACCACCAACCUGUUCAUCCUCAACCUGAGCGUGGCCGACUUCUUCUUCAUCAUUUUCUGCGUGCCCUUCCAAGCCACCAUCUACUCGCUGGACGGAUGGAUGUUCGGCUCCUUCAUGUGCAAAGCCGUGCACUUCUUCAUCAACCUCACCAUGUAUGCCAGCAGCUUCACGCUGGCUGCCGUAUCCGUCGACAGGUACUUGGCCAUCCGCUACCCGCUGCGCUCCCGAGAGCUACGGACGCCGUGCAACGCAGUGGUCGCCAUGGUAACCAUCUGGGGCCUCUCCUUGGUGUUUGCCGGGCCCUACCUCAGCUACUACCACCUGAUCGACUUCGCCAACAGCACCGUUUGCAUCCCGGGCUGGAAGGAGCACGACCGCAAGCUCCUGGACACGUGCACCUUCCUGUUCGGCUACGUCAUCCCCGUGCUGAUAGUCAGCCUGUCGUACACGCGCACCAUCAAGUACCUAUGGACCGCUGUGGACCCCCUGGAUGGCAUGUCCGAGUCCAAGCGGGCCAAGCGCAAAGUGACCAAGAUGAUCAUCAUCGUCACGGUGCUGUUCUGCAUCUGCUGGCUGCCCUACCACGUGGUCAUCCUGUGCUACCUGUACGGCGACUUCCCCUUCAACCAGGUCACCUACGCAUUCCGCUUGCUGUCGCACUGCAUGGCCUACGCCAACUCCUGCGUCAACCCCAUCGUGUAUGCGCUGGUCUCCAAGCACUUUCGCAAAGGCUUCAAGAAAGUCUUCAGCUGCCUGCUCAGCAACAACGGACGCAACAAGGUCCACGUGGUGCACGUGGCCAACACCGUGCCGGGUUUCGAGGCGGCCUCCACCGAGGUGUCGCAGAUGAACGAAGAGAAUGCCCGGCAGAAUGAGUGCGAGAUGACCAACAGGCGGCCGGCCGAGCCCCGGGAGGCCACCGUCACCCUCAACUUGCCCUUUCAGCACCCAACCUGAGCAUACUGGGGAGAACCACAUGCUUUGCGUUCAUUUGGAGCUGCGAGGCCCGGAUAGUGCAGUCUUGUGACCAGUUUUUUAACCGCACUUGUCCUCAAUAGGUGAUCUUGAGCAUAUCGCAGCUGACUUUUGGCAAGAAUGGUGGACCACCAAAUUGCAGAGCACAGAUACUUGUUGGCAAAAGAACCAUUCACAGAUCCAUCCAUCCAGCUUCUAUUUGGUGGGCAAGUGGUGAUACCAGGUGUCGGGCGAUACCAGUGUUACUGCAAGGUAUUGGGUAAGAUGAAGG